AUAUAAGAUCGAAAUCGGGAAACAAACCAACUCAUACUCUCCAGAUUAAUAUUGCCUUUACAACUUAUGGUAUGCGCAAAUCGCAGCAUCUCGACCCGAUGGAAUUCAUUUCGAAUACCUGUCAGAGCGACUGGCCACAAAACCAAUGGACAAUCUUAGGGAACAAAUAUGUUAAUGCAUAGACCAUGAAAUAGAGAUGUAGUGAGGUGGGGCAUCAUGAUCACCCAGCCUUACACAUCAUACUAAUGCAUGAUGGAGAGAUGACAAAACUAUCUAGUCUAAACCCGUGUCUUCAAAGGUGGGCUGCAGUGGCAACUUGCCCCAGCAAGUAUAUAUACCUUGGAAUAUGGGACAUAUAAAUAUACCACAGCCCUUCUCUGUGGAGUUCGGAGACUUAUCGGUCCAUCGCUCCAAGCGCGGCAGAAGUAUCCGCAACCCAAAUUAAGGGUUCAGCUUCGGCAUAUUUUUGAUAAGUUCACGGAGAACAAAAAGACCCCAAAAUUUCAGAACUCAGCUCGCAUAUGCUCCCUUGGAGAUAUCAUUCGAGAGCAACGCGCAGGGAUUACAUUGUAAUUAUUAUUAUCGGGCUUUGGCGCAUCCCUUCUCAUUGACACUGGAGGUGUUUAAAAAUAGUCUUUGGCGAUUGUUAAGGAACGCCUUUGACGAGGGGCUUCCUCGGCUGAGAUGUCGAUUGAUUCUCACAUACUUUGAACGUACGCUACCUGUGCUGAGCCAAAAGCACCGAGAAAGCCGGCUAUAAAGAGAGCCCUUUCCAGGGCUGAAGAAUUGGGGAAACAUGAAAGAAAGGUUGCCACGGCCAUCAAAGUUCCCAUUCAUUCGAUAUCUUUCUCCCGUUGACCAACUUAUACUUGAUAUAACCCAGCAUUGAAAAUGACAGAAAACACUUCCUCCUUCAAGAAUGAAGCAUAUACUUUUCCGCAGGGGAAGGCGGAAAUCAGCAGGUUAAUGAACUAGCACCCACUCUUUGUUCGAUGGGCUGGGGGAUUAAUCCAAGCAGGCGUCCCUAAGGACGAUAUUAAACGAGUUGCAGAUGUCGCAACCGGAACAGGGUAAACGACUCUCUUCCUUUAGCUAUUUUCGGUCAUGUAUUAAGAUAAAACAAUCGGAGGCUGAUGAUGCGCACAUAUGUUAGGGCUUGGUUGAUUGAUGUCACGAAUGAAUUAAACAACCCCACAAAUGUUUAUCAAGGAUUUGAUAUAACGGCUGCAUCAUUCCCCUCAGACACCCCGAACGGGAUUGGAAGCUUUAGUUUUUCCCAACACAAAGCGAUAGAGCGUUUUCCUGCUGAGUUUCAUGCCAAAUUUGACCUGAUAAACGUCCGCUUGGUUAUACAAGCUUUCAAGGCUGCCGAUGUGCCAAAAGUGAUAUCAAACUUGGUGGAAAUGCUCCGUAUGCCAUGUUCCACUAGCCCCCAAAACAUAAUUUCUUCGUGACAGAAGCGCAAUGUCUCUAGUGUGUAAAUUUCCUGCCAAAAUGGCAUUAUUUUCCCUUUCAGGGCCGGGCGGUUUCCUUCAGUGGGGAGAUCUCUCAUGGAUCGACACCAAAGUCGAACCACCCCAUGAGGACCUCGAAGUAGCCCUGGAGCUCAGUCGUUAGCAUAUGAGGUUUCAUGGUGUAGCUGAAAAGUACGUAUAAAUGCUGAAGCAAUUUCAUCCCCUUUCUUUCUUUCCCUCCACCAAACCAUUGAAAUAAGACAGAAAAAUAAAAACCCAGCCUUCCUACCCUCAUCGAUUCCACCAUGAGAGAACUGGGGAUGCAAGAUGUACCCCUCGUAAAAAAUCGACACGUGAGGCUGUCCCUAAUGCUGAAGAAGAGGAGAGCGCGAGCAAGCCAGCCCUUCUAGCUAUGCUCCCGAAGGAAGGUCUCGGAGACGCAGAUGCUGUCAGAGAAUAAGCCUGUCAACACUGCGGAGAUCGAUGCAAGACGGGUCGAGUUAGCUGGUCGUUUCGAGCAGGCUUUUGCGAGCGGCUAUACUUUGACAUGGUAUUUCUGCCUGAUUGUGGGGAAUAAACCCCUGGCAUGAGUGAGAGGGAUUCAUGUAACAUGAUUGCUUAUUUUCUCCCUUUCGAGUAUUUAUAAUUAGCAGAGAGUCAACGAAAUCUAAGUAAAUUGGAUUAAAGCCCCUUUUUGUGCAGGGAAUGAGAUAAGUCUGGAGCUGCUUACUUGUGGUUUCUAUCAAGACAGCGCGCUGCGCG